AUGUCACAGGCAUGGGCCGAGGCUCUGGACAAACUGGCCCCAGACGAGAGACGUGCCCUGCACGGGCUGCCCGUCAGCGUCAAAGACUGCAUCAUGGUCAAGGGCUUGGACUGCACGCUGGGGCUGCUCAAGAAGGUGGGUCAGCCCGCCCCUGUGGACGCUGAUGUCGUCACGGUCCUCAAGGAGCACGGGGCCGUGCCCUUCGUGAAGACCAACACGUCGCAGCUUUGCAUCAGCCCUGGCUGCUCGAACCCUCUGUGGGGCGCUGCACUACAUCCGCUCAACGCAGCGAGGACCCCUGGUGGCUCCUCUGGCGGGGAAGGGGUUCUCAUCAGCGGUGGAGGUUCGGUGUUGGGGAUCGGAUCUGACAUCGGUGGGAGCAUCCGCCUGCCCGCCAGCUGGUGUGGAGUGGUUGGCAUCAAACCCACCGCUAAGAGGAUGUCUAGGAGGGGACUCGUCAGUGCCGUCAGGCCUAUUGGCAUAUUUGGAACCAGCGGCUUAAUGGGCAAAGACGGGGCUUUUGUGGCCGAGGCGACCAAGGCGCUUUUCUCCGUGGCCGACUUCCAUGCCUUUGAUCCGGAGGUGCCGCCUCUGCCCUGGAACGACAGCGUCUACCUGUCCAAGAAGGCCCUCCGUGUCGGAUGGUUCGACUCGAUAUCCCUCUUCCCCAGCACCCCGGGGGUGAAGCGCGCUGUGGCGCAAGCCGUGGCGGCCUUCGAGGCUCUAGGCCACGAAGUGGUCGCGUUUCCUGAGCAAAAUUGGAUGGAAUGCCUCGAUAUUUUCGUUCAGUUACUCUUUGCCGACCAAGGAAAGUUUACGGAUCUUCUGCUGGAUGGCGAAACUGUAGACGAAGAACUUUCGUGGUACAAAUCGUUUGCUGCGGUGCCGCCCAACCAAACUGAAGAUCGUUGUCCCGAAUUCCAACGACAGUUUGGAGGUGUAGCUGUCCAGCACAGCUUUGGCACAUUAUCUAGCUGCACAGAUUUGUGGUCGAAGAUGAUAGAGAGAAGCGUGUUUGUCAACACAUUUUACCAAAACUGGAAGUCAAAUGGGCUGGACCUGCUAUUAUGUCCUAUCUGUCCAUCUCCUGCACCCAUGACUGAGCAAGUCGGAAUGUUAAGUUUCUCUCUGGUGCUGACCAUGAUGUUCAACGUUAUGGACUACCCCGCCGCUGCCGUGCCUGUCACUCGGCAAACCCAAGAAGACGAGCUAAACAUUGCCAACUAUUCCUGCACCGACAAAAUCCAUGAUCUAAUUAAACAAGUUGGUUUUACGUGGCAUUUCAUCUAG